AUGAAAUUAGACUACACAUAUGUAAAACAUGUGGUGAAGGGUUUAAAAAUAAUUGGAGUUUGCGUAGACACGAAAGAACUCAUAAAAACAAAAACCCUUACCAAUGCGAGUUUUGUAAAUAUAAAUGUGGGUGAGUAUUUAAGUGAACAACAAAAGCUAAAGGUACAGCUAAGUAGUCACAUGAUAUCAAAACACAAGGAUGAUGAACGUUUCAAGUCUAAUAAGGACCUAUAUGCUGGAGGGGUAUUACACAAAUGCGGAACGUGUAAUAAAGAGUUCAAGUACACAACGCAUUUACGUGACCAUGAAAAAACUCAUACAGGCGAAAAACCUUAUCAAUGCGAAUUUUGUAAAUAUAAAUGUGGGACAAAAGAUAACUUAAGGAGGCAUGUGGUGGCAAUGCAUAACAGUGAUGAACGUUUCAAGUCUAAUAAGGACCUAUAUGCUGGAGGUAAAUCACACCAAUGUGGAACGUGUAAUAAAGAGUUCAAGUACACAACGCAUUUACGUAGACAUGAAAGAACUCAUACAGGCGAAAAACCUUAUCAAUGCGAAUUUUGUAAAUAUAAAUGUGGGACAAAAGAUAACUUAAGGAGGCAUGUGGUGGCAAUGCAUAACAGUGAUGAACGUUUCAAGUCUAAUAAGGACCUACACAUUGGUGGUGUAUCAUACAAAUGCGGAACGUGUAAUAAGGAGUUUAAGCACAAAACGCAAUUACAUAUCCAUGAAAGAACUCAUAUAGGCGAAAAACCUUAUCAAUGCGAGUUUUGUAAAUAUAAAUGUGGUCAAAAGGUACAUCUAACACGUCACGUGAAAUUAAAGCAUAACAAUGAUGAACGUUUCAAGUCUAAUAAGGACCUAUAUGCUGGAGGGGUAUUACACAAAUGCGGAACGUGUAAUAAAGAGUUCAAAUACACAACGCAUUUACGUGACCAUGAAAGAACUCAUACAGGCGAAAAACCUUAUCAAUGCGAAUUUUGUGAAAACAAAUUUAGCCGGAAAGAUGGCCUAAUACAUCACGUGAAGACAAAGCAUAAAAAUGAUGAACGUUUAAAGUCUAAUGAGGAACUAUACACUGGAGGUGAAUCAUACAAAUGCGGAACGUGUAAUAAAGAGUUUAAGAACAAAGCGCAUUUGCAUAUUCAUGAUAGAACUCAUAUAGGCGAAAAACCUUAUCAUUGUGAGUUUUGUGGAGAUAUGUUUAGGUGGGUACAUCCUUGA